CGUCCUACGCUUCUUUUUAAAUUGUUUUUAUCAUUACAUCAAGUGCCCAUUCAUGACCAGCAAGCUUCCUUGACACACCACACGUCUUCAGCCUUGCCUCUGCGAUCGCCGGGUCUCUGGCCGAUGGUCAACAACAUCGAUGCUGCUUCCUCACAUGGCCUAGGCAAGCAAGCUUCUCCAGAAGCGCUGGAUGGCACCCCGGGACCCGGCAGGCGGGGUUUGGUUACUCAAGCGGGAGAGACGCAAGGUUGAGACUGGGCUGAGUCCCCAAGGAAGCUCUGGUGUUAUUGUGUACUCUGCCAUUGACUGCUUCACUGGUAUAGCGAGAGCAUUCCCGUGUAUCUCACAUCAGGACGGCUUAUACAUCCUGCUUACUCUGAAUAUCUCCUUGCAGGCGUCUAGUAUAGACCAUACGUUAUAACUACUCAUACAUUGAUACAGCCCAGGGCGACCACAGCUGGCGCCUCGGACUUUCCUAGGCACGACCUGAUCGAUGCCGUCUCGUUGCAGAUACUGCAAAAAGGAAGCCAGUAUUACAAGACCAUUAUUCCGAUGCAUCAGUUGUGAUAGAAGUUAUCAUUCCGCAUGCCAUAUUCCACACCCCACCCGGUCAACUGACUGGACAUGUCAUCGCUGUGUAGUGGAUAGCC